UUGUCUUCUGUUUUCGGAAACAGUUCUCUUGCUUACGGAUCUAAGUUAUCUUUCGACCAAAACCCAUCUUACGAAAACCAUCGACCAAAAUCCGUCGAACGGUACACAACCAUCAUGAAAGUUUGCGUCGUUUUUGGUCUAUCAAUGUUGGUGGUUGUAGCACUAGCUGAACAAAAUGAAACUGCAAGACUGCCUGAUAGGCCUACCUAUCUAACGGACACUGUGAUAAAUAUAGCCUCUAGUUGGCUUGGAUUAUUGCCACAAUCUAGGGGACCCUUCGGAAUGGACGAUAUGAAGAGCAAGUCUACUGGUCUUGCUGUAAAGAGUCUAGACCCCGUAUUGAAAAGUCAAGACUUGAUUGAUAUUGCCAAGUUUGUCACCAAUAAUUUUUGGAGACUACCUGAUACCUAUCUAACGGACGCUGUGAUAAAUAUAGCCUCUAGUUUGUUUGGAUUAUUGCCACAAUCUAGGGGACCCUUCGGAAUGGACGAUAUGAAGAGCAAGUCUACUGGUCUUAGCUCUCAACUAAACUAUGUCAGUGGAACUUUUGGAAAAAAAUCAAAUGCAGCAAAUAAGGAAGAGCAUAAACCAUUAGACCCAGUUGGAUAUAACUCAUUACGAGAUGUGAACGACAGAGCACAAGAUGAAGCGCCUCCUUUCACGCUAUCCAACAGGACAAUCCUCUUACUCAUGGGACAAUUUGCCUAUCAAAUGUCGAUACCCGUAGAUAGACUGAGAGUAAAGUUGGCACACGUCAAAACUGCUGUCACGACUCUAGUCUCUGAAUUCAAAUUUCCAGACUUUCUUGCUUUUGCCAAGGGAUUCACCAGCAAUUGGGGGUGUGAACGCUUCAUACCAAAUAUUAUACCUAAAGCUACUUUCAAAAUUGAAAAGUGUGUCCAGUAUAUGGCUGAUGUCGUCAACUUUAAAACCUGCCCUCCAUCUGAGGCUGGCGAAGAGGAAAAUCAAGAGGAGGAAGCUGUGGAUAUUAAAGAGGACCCAACCGACGUAAACGAGGCAGCGAAAACCUGGCACGACGUUCCCCAGUUUUCUUACAUGAAAAGCAUGCUAAAUCUGGGCAAGAAGUUUUUGGAUAGAGUCGACUGUGAGAAGCCGACGACCCGAUCAGCUUUGAUGAAGGGUAAAAUCUUGUGCGAAGAGACUCUGGUCGACGCUAUCAACAAUUACGCCUGCACAUAGGAGGAGGACUUCGAAAACAGAAACGAAGUUCAAGAAACCAAGUUUCAAAUUUUAUCUUUUUUUUUUUAACUUUCUGCUAUACAAUUUAGGUUUCUAGUUCUUUCGGUGUAACACGACUAACCUUGGAACU